AUGGCUAAACACAAGUACAACGACGAUCUCAAUUCUUCCUUCAUGGAUAAUUUCUCCUGUAAAAUAUGUUUGGAGGUUUUGCAUGACCCAGUUCAAUGUCAAAACAACGAGCAUUAUUUUUGUCGUAAGUGUGUCACGAAGCAUCUGGGAAACUCUGAAACAUGUCCACUUUGUAUGGAGCAACUGACGCUCGAAACGCUGCGAACUGUUCCUCGAGUCAUUCUCGAUAUCGUUGCCCAGUUGAAGAAACCACGUUGCAGUCAUGUUUCUCGAGGUUGUGAGGAGAAUGUUCAAGUUGAAGUCUUUGAAGAGUUGUUGUUACAUGAACAGACGUGUGGUUAUGCUCCGGUUGUUUGCUCGAACGAAGGCUGCAAAGAGACGGUGAACAGACGCGAUAAAGAAAGCCACGAGACGGAAGAAUGCAAGUUUCGAAUGAUAACUUGCGAAUCUUGUGAUGAAGAGUUGGUGUACGUUGAUUAUGAGAAACACCAGUGUACGUUACGAAAAGAAAUCAAUGAAAUGAAAUCACGUUUGGAUGAAAUGAACGAUACAUUAAAACGCAUGGCUGCCACCCAAGAUGAGUUUAUAGAGAAGUUCAAAGCGUACGACAAAAGUAUUAAAGAUCUCCAAGACCCUCUACGUUGCGCAAGCUCCGCCACCAUGCAACAACACAAUGCAAUCGUCGUAAAUGGACAAAUUUUUAUAUUCGGCGGCCAUGAUGAUAAAACGGGCAAGUCGCUUGAAGUUUUUAACUGGUCCACAAAAACUUGGACACUAAUUAAAAACUGUUUAUUUGUUAAACGCCAUUGCGCAUAUACAUUUCUUUACGAAAGAAAAAUCAUGAUUUGUGGAGGUGUGGCAACGGAUCGAAUUGAGUAUCUCAAUCCCAGGGAAGAUGAAUACACUUCGAGUGUGUUUUCUUGCAGCACACCACGUGCCCAACACUGUGGUGCACUCUGUGGGAAUAGAGUUAUCGCGUUUUAUGAUAAUAUAAGAGAAGUCUCUCUUGAAUCAGAUGAGGAACCAAAGGACCUCGUGGGGGAAAGCGGAUAUCGAAGUCGUUAUGCAGGUGUGCACUGUUUUGGCAAGAUAAUUUAUGUUGUGGGAGGGAAUGAGAGCAAGAUGGAGAAAUAUGACGUGGAUAAGAAUGAACUGAAAACUCUGUCUUCUUUGCCUUACAAAGUAUCAAAUAUGGCAACUGUACCGUACAAAGAUAACAUAAUUAUCCUCGGUGGACAGGAUGGAAAGAAAGAUGGAAAGUCAUUGAAUGAUGUUGUCAUAUUCAAUGUGACAACCCACGAUUACAAGAAAUUACCGUCUAUGCUCGAGAAAAGAAGUGGCUGUACAGCUGUGAUCAUGGGUAAAGUGGUCGUAGUUAUGGGUGGUCUAAGCACAGAUGCUAAAGGAAAGAGCAUCGCGUUAAAUACAGUAGAGUAUCAUGUGAUUGGCCAAAAAAUAUGGCAAAAACUGCCAGCUAUGCAUCUAGCUAGGGAAGGUGCCACAGCCUGUGUUCAUGUGUGA